AUUUAACAGUUUUAUCGCAAUAGACACUCUUUUAAACAUUUUUUCACAGAGCUUAAAUUUUCACACAGCCUUUACAAAUUACAUUUCCGCGCGAACUGACGCUUACAUCCGUUUUGUGAGAAAGGAAAUGUCAAUCGUGCCACUGACAUACAGGUGUCGCCUCAAGCGGCUUUAGUAAAUAACAGCUGACUGCUGAUAAACAGUGAAUAAUCCAUUUUUUUCAUAGAUAAUUAAAAUUCGUAGCAAUCGAAUAACUUUUUAUAAAUAAGUGCAAAAUAGUUGCUACACACAAACAUAUAUAUUUAUGUUUUAGUUUUCAAAAAUGUCCUGCUUUGGUUGCGGUAAACGGUAUGGACUCUUCACUAAAGAGCACGGUUGUCCUAAUUGUGGCUACUCUUAUUGCUUAAAAUGCCUGAAACGACCAAUGCCAGUACCGCGACACGGUGGCAAAGUAUUGAACGUUUGUCUAAUAUGCUAUGACAAACUCUCAAAACUGCAACCAACUGAAAAGGUCGUUGACAUCGAUGCCUUGCCUGGUGUGCUCGUGACAAAGUCCACCGCGAAAAGGAGUACCGAUCCUCUAGUAGUGGCAGCUGCAGCUUUGCUAGAAGAUGAUCCGCCACCUGAUUUAGGUGAAGUGCUGGCACCGAUUGCAAGCUCCACAUCGGCGGCUUCGGUUACACAUUCCAAUACAGUGGAUGCCUAUAUCGAUGGCAACCUUGAUAAUGUGAUUUCAAAACGAUUGAAAGACCUGAAAACAAUUGAAAAUUCUGGAACAGAUGAUGAGAUACGCGCACGGCUUGCGAAUUUAAAUGGCAUGCCCCACAAAGAUUACUCCAAAAAAGACUUACUUCUCUCUACAGACGAACGUACGAAUCAACAAAAAAUGCACGACCUGUUAGAGCAAUUUAUGGGUGAAACACAAAUUGAUAGGAAGGUAGAAAAUGAACGCGAUGACGCCAUAUCAGAUAUUGAACGCCGGUUGAGAGCAUUAAGGGAACACCCGGUGGAUGAUGCGUUGAGAUCCAAUCUAGGACCGGGUCAAAAAGGCAACUCACCAGACACAAAUACGCCUAGUGAUAAUGAAGAUGAUGAAACGGUUUUGAAAGCUGUUAUGGAAAAGGUAUUAAGUAUAAAUAGUAUGGGAUCGCUUGAUAUAUUUUGACUGAACUUGCCUUUUAGUAUUUAACGGGCGCGCGUUUGCAGCACCGCCACAGAUUUAGAAACUGAACUGGCUGCUAGUGUACCGCCACCACCAGAUGGAACACGUCCUAGCGAUUUCGAAGAGUUGCCAUGGUGCAAUAUCUGCAACGAAGAUGCAGCAUACCGUUGCAAAGGCUGCGAUGGGGAACUAUUUUGUACACAAUGUUUUCGCGAGUGUCACGACGACGACGAAGAGUAUCGCACACACGAAAAAAUGGCAUACUCAGCCCCGCCAAAAUUUAAAGAAAAUCAUUUUUAGGAAAAUCCGGCGCAAUGCAACAGUAACUCAACCAAAUCACGUGAAUAUCUAUAUAUUCGUACUUUACUUUGAUACAACAUACAUAUAUUUAGAUGAACUCUUUAACAUUAGCAAAAUAAUGAGGAAUACAAAAUAAGAAGUAUUAUAAACUUUUAAACAACGAA